GGGCCGCGGCGGGCAGCCGACCCGCGCACCGGGCGUGCGGCCGGCCGGCGCGCUGAGGCUCGGACGCCGGAGCCCGGGCGACGCCGCGAUCGCAGCGGCCAUGGGGGCCCUGACGAGCCGGCAGCACGCGGGCGUGGAGGAGGUGGACAUCCCGUCCAAUUCCGUGUACCGCUACCCGCCCAAGUCCGGCAGCUAUUUUGCCAGCCACUUCAUCAUGGGAGGAGAGAAGUUUGACUCCGCGCAUCCGGAAGGGUACCUGUUUGGUGAGAACAGCGACCUGAACUUCCUGGGAAACAGGCCAGUGGCGUUCCCAUAUGCUGCCCCACCUCCCCAAGAACCUGUGAAGACUCUGAGAAGCCUGAUCAACAUCCGGAAGGACACACUGAGACUUGUCAAAUGUGCUGAGGAGGUGAAGAGCCACGGAGAAGAGGCAGGCAAAGCUAAAGUCUGCUACAACGUUGAGUUCAUCUUCGACACAGAUGCCCGGGUAGCCAUAACCAUCUACUACCAGGCCACUGAGGAAUUCCAGAAUGGAAUUGCCAGCUACAUUCCAAAAGACAACAGCCUGCAGUCAGAGACCGUGCACUACAAGCGAGGGGUGUGCCAGCAGUUCUGCCUGCCCUCCCAUACCGUGGACCCCUCGGAGUGGGCCGAAGAGGAGCUUGGCUUUGAUCUGGACCGAGAAGUCUACCCUUUGGUGGUGCAUGCUGUGGUGGAUGAAGGAGACGAGUAUUUUGGCCACUGCCAUGUGCUUCUGGGCACUUUUGAGAAGCACACAGACGGGACCUUCUGUGUCAAACCCCUCAAGCAGAAGCAAGUGGUGGAUGGGGUCAGCUACCUUCUUCAGGAGAUCUACGGGAUUGAAAACAAGUACAACACUCAAGAUUCCAAGGUGACAGAGGAUGAGGUCAGCGACAACAGCGCUGAGUGUGUGGUGUGUCUCUCCGAUGUCCGAGACACUUUGAUCCUGCCGUGCCGGCACCUCUGCCUCUGUAACACCUGCGCAGACACCCUGCGCUACCAGGCCAACAACUGCCCCAUCUGCCGGCUGCCCUUCCGGGCACUGCUUCAGAUCCGAGCCAUGAGGAAAAAACUGGGCCCUCUGUCUCCAAGCAGCUUUAACCCCAUCAUCUCUUCCCAGACUUCGGACUCUGAGGAGCAUUCAUCCUCAGAGAAUAUCCCACCAGGCUAUGAAGUGGUGUCUCUCCUGGAGGCCCUCAAUGGGCCCCUCACCUCGUCCCCAGCAGUACCUCCCCUUCACGUUCUUGGAGAUGGCCACCUCUCAGGAAUGCUACCGUCCUAUGGCAGUGAUGGCCACCUGCCCCCUGUUAGGACACUGUCCCCCCUUGACCGCCUGUCUGACUGCAACAGCCAAGGACUCAAACUCAAAAAAAGUGUCUCCAAAUCCAUUUCCCAGAAUUCUUCUGUGCUUCACGAAGAGGAAGAUGAGCGCUCUUGCAGCGAGUCAGACACUCAGCUCUCUCAGAGGCUGUCAGUCCAGCAUCCUGAAGAGGGACCCGAUGUGACUCCAGAGAGUGAGAACCUCACCCUGUCCUCCUCAGGGGCUGUUGACCAGUCAUCUUGCACGGGGACCCCGCUCUCUUCUACCAUCUCCUCCCCAGAAGACCCAGCCAGCAGCAGCCUGGCCCAGUCAGUCAUGUCCAUGGCUUCCUCCCAGAUCAGCACUGACACCGUGUCCUCCAUGUCUGGCUCCUACAUCGCGCCUGGCACAGAAGAAGAAGAAGAAGGAGAAGGAGAGGCCUUGCCUUCCCCCCGAGCUGCUAGCAGGGCCCCUUCAGAAGGAGAGGAGACGCCAGCAGAGUCCCCAGAUAGCAAUUUUGCUGGCCUUCCAGCUGGAGAGCAGGAUGCAGAGGGAAAUGAUAUCAUAGAGGAAGAGGACAGAUCACCUGUGCAAGAAGACGGCCAGAGGACAUGCGCAUUUCUAGGCAUGGAGUGUGACAAUAACAAUGACUUUGACGUCGCAAGCGUGAAAGCACUGGACAAUAAGCUGUGCUCUGAGGUCUGCUUACCCGGUGUCUGGCAGCAUGAUGAUAAUAUUGUCAACCGUCGCCAUACCCAACGCCGGCGCUUGUCCUCCAGCAGCCUGGAGGAUCCUGAGGAGAACAGACCUUGUGUAUGGGAUCCGAUGGCUGUCUGAGGGCUCUGCACCUGUACCUGGGCUUCCCCCUCCUGUCCUUCCCUUCCGUCUGUCCUCACUUGGCCACAGGCCUUCUGAGCACCUUCAACAAGACGUGGACUUUCUACUCACAUGAAGGGAGGACAGUGUGCACCUCCGCCCACCUCAUCUCCUGUAACCGAGAUUCUUACCCUCUCAGAAAGAAACCAGAAGCCUUCCUCCUGUGGGCUGAUGCGUGCCAGCCAAACCCAGUGGGCCAGUUGAGCUGCGGGUCAGGGCUGGUUGUUUUGGUAGCCUUUUCUCUUCUGAGUGGAGCCCAAGAAGACUGAAGGGUUUGGCAGCUUUGUUAGACACCCGUGGACAGGUUUUGGUCUCCGGCACCUCAUAAGCAAUUAGAAACCUAACUUGAAACCGUCAAGAACUGGCUCCAUGAGGGAGGCCAUCCAGAGUCUGGCCUCCCAGAACACCAGGAGCUCCUUACCCGAGCCCGAGGGAGAGGGUAACUGCCGAAGUAUUGGUUGGAAGGAAGCCAGAGCUACUGACAGAGUUGGUCUCCUGCACCUCCUGUAUCUGCAGUUAGGAAGGUCCCCCUCGCAAGACCUGUCCUCGGGUGUAGCCAGGAAGGCCUGCUGGGCCACUUCCAUGCAAUGCUAGGGCUGGCUCUUCCCAUAUCUCCACUACAGCCACUGAGGGGGAGUCUCAAACCCAGCUAACCGCUUCUCUGCCCCCUUUGUAAGAGAUGAAGACCUAGGCUAAGGUGAGGCCCGGUGGUUCUCAGACUGGUGCACAGGAACACCAAAGGCAGGGCAGAGGCUCUGGGGCCAGAGGAUUAGAAGACCUCCCUACCCUAGUGUAUUCCUCCCUGCCUUUCAGGUGGGAUCCAGUCAGCACUCAGACAAAAGCCAUGGCCGCAAGCUGGCAGGAGAUUGUUGGGUGACACACCUUUCUUGCUCAUUCAGUGGGUUUUACAUGGCUCUGAAGUAGAUGCCUGUCACUGGCUUUUGGCACAGGUGGUUGUUCAGUGGGACAUGAGAUGGCUUAGGGACAGUUACUUAUGAGGAUGAGGUACAAGGAGCUUUUGACUUGUAAGUGUGGUUCAAGAAAGGCUCUCCCCCUCCAACCCCCUCCCCCCAGUGCCGAGGACCCUGAGGGGAGGGAGGGGUGGAGAGGCUGGCCUCAAACUUGCUAUGCAGCUGGGGAUGACCUUGAACUUCUGAUCUUCCUGCCUGGACUGCCCAAGCAUUAGGAUUACAGGCCUGUACCAGUACACAGCCCUCCCUUCGGUGGUAAUCACACUGUCAGGGGGACUCCGCUGUGCUGCCUGAAGAGUGAUAGGCUGAGCUUGAGAUCCCGUAUCGCCCUUUCUGAACACCCUGCCAUUUCAAAGCCUACUUCGUGUCUUUUACUUCCCCAACAUCCCGACAGCCCCUCUCAUCCUUAAGAUUUCCACCAGUAUAAGCUGAGCAAUAACCACACUUCCUCAAAGAACAGAACAGAAGCCACAAGGAAGUUCCCUUAGCCUGGGCCGGCUGCACAUAGACCCACCUUGUCCCCUGGCAGGAGUAGGUAAGCAGUAUUCACAGUGUGCUGUGACCUGGGAGGAGCAGGGGAAGAAGCUGGGAUGAAGGAGAUUCAGGUAAACAGUAGCCACAGUGGCCAGAAACCCUCAAAAAAAAGCCAUUAUAAUCAGCCCUUCCCUCUUCCCUCACCAAGUGCUCAGUUAGCCUGAAUCCAGGCGUCCAGGUUAGCGGCGUACCCUUUGCUCAGUUUGGCCCCUCACUCUGUCCUUUUACUUCGGGGGUGGCUCUGUCAGCUGCCACACUCAAGUCUAUUUGGAAACAAUCCUUUUGUCAGUUCCAAGCAUAGGGUCGGGCACAGUCUCCUGGUGCCUUUGGCUCCUCACCACACUCCAUCUGAAACCUUCCCGUGCUUGGUACUGGCCUCUGUCUCCUCAGAGAGCCUUUUUGCUUUACCUAACUUCAUCCCACCAGAGUUCUUACCCCCUGUGGCAUCUGCCAGGCACAAACCCAAACACUAAGCCAUCUCACUGGGGAGCUAGUCCUGUCCACCUGGUGUUGGCGUGCUGGUUGCUCACGUUGUUUUAGGGCCUGCACACCUGGUGUGUGCAAGUGUGUGUGUGUGUGUGUGUGUGUGUGUGUGUGUGUGUGUGUGUGUGCUGUCUGUGCCAUCUGUGUACCCCUCACACUCCCUGGAGUACACUUGUGGGCACAUUACAGUGGGGACAUCAAGAUGCAAUAUUUAUGGAUUGCUGCAUGAUUCUUAAAAGUGAAUAAAACUGUUUACAGGGGCAGGGGAGCUAUUAACUACAACGUGAA